GUUCUGUUGCCAAAGCAACAACGUCCCAUACAUCCCAAAAGGAGCUACAAACGAUGAUGAUAAUGAAGCAACAUCUGAUCUUCACUCUCUCAUUUCUCCUUCUCUUUUUCCUCCAUUGCUCAAGAAUCUUAGCCCAAGCUCCUGCCCAGGCUCCGGCACCUUCUGGUCCCACUAAUGUUACCAAAAUCCUUGAAAAAUCUGGCCAAUUCACCAUCUUCAUUCGUCUUCUGAAAGCCACCCAAGUCACCAACCAACUUCUUGGUCAGCUCAAUAAUACAAACAAUGGGAUGACCAUUUUUGCACCGACAGAUAAUGCUUUCUCAAGCCUGAAAUCCGGUACCUUGAAUUCACUCAACGACGAACAACAGGUGGAGCUGGUGCAAUUUCAUAUAGUCCCAAUGUACCUCUCAACGUCCCAAUUCCAAACCGUGAGUAACCCUUUGAGAACACAAGCUGGAGAUAGUGGUGAUGGGAAGUUUCCUCUCAAUAUCACUAGUUCAGGAAACACAGUCAAUAUAACAACAGGGCUGACAAACACCAGCGUUUCUGGCACCAUUUACACAGAUGGUCAGCUUGCUGUUUAUCAAGUCGAUCAGGUGCUUCAACCUUUGCAAAUUUUUGCUCCUAGGCCUCCAGCUCCAGCACCUGCACCGGCAAAGUCCAAGAAGAAGAAGGCUGCUGCCGUUGCUGAUAGCCCUGAUGAUAACACCCCAACUGAAAACUCCAAAGCUGUGAGCCUGAUCACCAUGCAAAAUGUAGUUUUGUUUGGAAUCAGUGCUAUCGUUAUUACACUUUCUUUGUGA